AUGACACUCGUUAAAGAGACACAAACCAUCUUUACAUACCAAGAGGAACGAAAAAAUGCUACCAGAGCCUCCGUCAGACUAGGUAGGCCAGCCGCGACUAAGAGAGAGUCUAUGGUCGGCGGCCUGUGGGAAAGUAUCGAGUACGAAUCGACGUCCGGACUUUGCGACGCGACUCGCGCAUCGGCUCCUUCAAUUGGAGAGUACCGAAAGUUGAGGGGCUGA